AUGGCAGAUCUGCCUCCCGAAGAUGGUCCUCAGGACGAAGAAAUACCUUUGCUACCGCCGGAGGCACCACCUCCUCCAGCAUCGGCGAUCUGCGGGACUGCAUUGAUCCUAGUGGUGUUCGUCUUACUUAUCACGACCGUUGCCUUCGGCGCUCUAUACUUCCGCGAAUCCGCGCGUCUGCCGCGGUGGCCGAAGCCAUCUAUAAGUCCUCUUGGAAAAUAUUCGCGAGCUGCUGUGGCGGCGGACAAUGAAUACUGCUCGGAGAUUGGUAGAAAUGCACUACUUCAUGGAGGGAAUGCCAUCGAUGCUGCUAUAGCUGCACUGUUUUGCAUAGGAGUGAUGGAUUCGCAUUCUGCUGGACUGGGAGGUGGACACUUCAUGACCAUUUACAACGCAUCCACGCAGAAAUGCACGGUCAUUGAUGCACGCGAAGUGGCACCAAAGGCUGCUACCGAGAAUAUGUAUGAAGGAAAAUGGAACGAAAGUGUCAUCGGCUGGAGAGCAGUAGCGGUUCCUGGAGAGCUACAUGGAUUGUGGACAGAGUUCACAAAGUAUGGCAGCGGGAAGGUGACAUGGAAAAGUUUGGUGAAACCAACACUUGAACUGCUAGAAGAAGGAUUUCCUACUUCACAUGCGUUGGCGAAAGCCUUAGCUGGAAGAGCCGACUACAUCGCAAGAGAAAGCUCUAUGAAAGCGUUCAUCAACCCCAAAACUGGUCAAGUAUAUCGUGCCGGUGAGCAGAUCACAACAAGGACGAAGUUGCUGAAAACCCUUCGGCGUUUAGCCAACGCUACGGACCCUGUAAAAGAAUUUUACGAAGGCGAUAUGGCAGAACAAAUGGCACGGGAAUUUCAGCAAAAUGGAGGUAUUUUGACAAAAGAAGACUUUGCGUCGUAUCGAUCAGUGCUCAUUCCUUCGUCCGAUGUCAUCUACACCAAACUGAGCAAUGGUCGAAUGAUUUGCGGACCUCCACCUCCUUCUGCAUCAGCUGUGACUCAAGCAAUAUUGAGUGUUAUGGAUGGGUACAAAUAUAUGAAAAAGAUUGAAGACAUUGGCCUUCUCUACCAUCAUUUCGUCGAAUCUUCGAAAUUUGCAUACGCAGCUCGUAGUUGGCUUGGUGAUCCUGCAUUUGUACAUAAUGCCACGGACACUGCCAGAAACAUAACGACUAAUGAGUGGGCCGACUGGGUGAGAUCUUUGAUAACCGACGAGACACAUCCGGAUGAGUACUACGGCGGUUCUUUUCUGGCACCUCCGACGGACCAUGGUACUUCACAUAUUUCUGUGAUUGACAGUGAAGGAAAUGCAGUGGCAGUGACUUCCACUAUAAAUCUAUAUCUAGGAGCAGCAGUGACAUCGCCCUCUACUGGCAUCCUCUGGAAUGAUGAAAUGGAUGACUUUUCCUCACCUGGACGCCCUAAUUACUUUGGCAUCCCUCCCUCGCCUGCGAACUUCAUCCGACCCGGAAAAAGACCGAUGAGCAGUCAGAGCCCUAUCAUUAUCUUCAAUACGAAAGCUGAUAGGAAAAUCAAGCAACAAGUUCUGGCUGUCGGUGGAGCAGGCGGUUCGACGAUUAUCAGCGGAGUGGCAGGAGUCGCUUUGCAUAAUCUUUGGCUGAAAGCAAAUGUAAAACAAGCUGUGGAUGCACCUCGUCUUCAUAAUCAGCUCCGGCCAAAUGUCACCAUGUACGAGCCGAACUUCCCCAAGGAGUACAUCGCUGAACUGUCCUCUCGCGGUCACGUCAUGAAAAUGGUCAAUAACCUCACAGUGGUGACUGCGGUCGAGAGAGCUGUGGAUGGGCAAAUUUAUGCGAACAGUGACUUCCGGAAGGGCGAAGAAAGUGCUCCAGCCGGUUACUGAUGCUCGAUUAAUUAGCAGCUAAGAAUGUGAAACCUAUAUGGGACUACACGGGCCAUUGGGAGAAUAAGGAGAAGCGCUGUGAUUGACUAUGUUGUUUAUUUUGUGUAAUUAUGCAAUGAUUGCUAUGAACA